AUGAAUCAAUUAUCUUCAAUACAUGUAUAUCAUUUACAUGUGAAUGAACACAAUACAACAUUGAAUAGAACUGAAUGGAAAUCCACAACAGUGAAUCAAUACCAUUUUUAUUAUGAAACUUCAUUGAUCUAUAAACAUUCUAAUGAGCAUAUUCCAAUUAUGAUACAGAUGCAUUCAUUCACUCAUAAAAUAGAGUUAUACAGCAGAGAUGUACAGUUAUUAAGUGAUAUGAAUAAUCAAUAUCAUAAUAGUAGUAGUAUAUGUGGUAGCGAUAGUGAUGUAGAUAGUGGAACAGGAAUCAUUAUAACCUCUGAUACAUAUUUACCUAUAUCAUCAUAUGAACAACCUGUUACUAGUAAUAUGGUUCAUGAAAAUCUGGAACAAUUACAUUACAUUUGGAAUUUUCACCUAGAAACAACACUGCACACAUUUAAUGGAAUCGAUUAA